AAAAAAAAAAAUAAAAAAAAAAUAUAUUAUAUAUUUAUUUUUCCAUCAAAAAUGUCUUCUGAUUCUGCUCCCCCGACUCCCCCUCCUUCUCCAAGCCAAUUCAACCUAAUGCCAUCGCCACCUCCUUCUCCUCUUCCUCCCCAAUCGCCUCCUCCUUCUCCGCCUCCUUCACCACGGCCGUUGCAAUAUAGAUAUAGAAGCAUUCCCUACUCUACACCAGUAGUGCACCGGAGGGCUUAUAGAAAAAUAAUAACUCGAUCUUCGAAUAGAAGAAUAAGAAUUUAAAUUUUUUUAAAAAAAAAAAAAAUUUUAUUUUAAAUUUCGGCUGGUAAGGUCCAAAGUUUGAAACUUUGUG